CUCACCUCCCCUUGCCAGAAUCCUCUCACCCUUGCCGAAAAACCGCGAUUUUCAAAUCUUUUGGGCAAUUUUCGACCAUUUUUGGUCGGUUUUUCAACAACCACCACCCAACCCAGCCUUUCCUCCCCAUUUUCGGUCUAUCCCUCGAUUUUGAGUCGCCAGAGGCGAUUUCCGGCGAGACUCCGGCGAGGCUCCGACGAGCAAUUUCUGGGCAUAUUUUGAGAUUUUCGUCACUUCCAUUGCCUUCCCCUCAUCAUCCCCUACACCUCUACUUAUGUCUCCAGGUUUGAUUUUACCCUUAACCUUGUGAAUUGUGGAGAAUUGGGUGUUAGGGUGUAUGUUUAGAGAACAACUUUGUGUUGUGUGAUUUGUGUGCAAUUGAUUGAGGGGAAGGCUUGGUUUAUGUGUGAAUGAGGUUGGGAAAUGUCCCUCUUGCUUGAUUGAGCCCUUGUGUGCUAUGAAUUUGUCAAUUUUAUGCUUAACUUAAUAAUGCACACAAGGUGUUCGAUGAAAUGCCUGUUUUCAUACCAUUUUGUGGGAGCCGGUUGGGGCCCUUAAUGAUGUGCUUUGAGGGUGUAUUUACUAUGGAUGUGAAGCUUAAGUUGCCUACUUUAUCAUGGAUGUGCACCCCCACCCAGAUUAUGCUUGUUUAUCGAGUUAUUGACCCCCGAACUAUGGAUGAAACCAUGGUUCGGCUGUUUUCUGCUUUCAAGUGUGGGGGUGUGAUUAUUCUUUUCUAUGGCUCUUUUGGCUCCACUUUGGGUUGUUCUUUUGCAGGACCAUGACGAAACCUGAACUCAAGCACCCGUUUGUCAGGGAUUUGAAGAGGGCCCCCACCUUGAUCGGUUUAAGCGCGUCAUGGCGGUCCAGGCGGGAGUUUGAGAAGCUGAACUGCUACGACCACUUCUCCGCCAUUGUCACCAACCGCCCUUGGCGCCGUCUGCUAUCCAUUCGCGAGACAGUUUACCACGAGCUCGUGCUGGAGUUCUAUACGACCUUUAAGCACGAAGAGACUGAGGAUGGGGCAGACGAUGAAGCCGUCAAGUUCCGUCUCGGCGGUGCGCCCCGCUCCAUGAGCUACCACGACUUGGCGACCGCUCUCAAGCUCGACCUGGACGAUGACAGGGAAUACGUCACCGAGCUCAGCGAUCCGGUGGGGGUGAACUUCAAGAUGCUGUACACCCGCCUCGCUCAGCUCGGCCAGCGUCCCUUCGUUGCAGGGCGGACGAAGGUCAGCACCCUGCAGCUCGAUAACCGCAUUCUCCACCACUUACUGGCGAAGUCCUACACUCCAGCCGGGGAGAGUUCCAGUACCAUCACCGGGCGAGCGCUGUAUUUCAUCCAGUCCAUGCGCCAGGCGGACCAUCUUCUCCACCUGGGUUCUGUGGUAGCCAGAACCUUUACCAAGACUGCUUCAGAACUGAAGAGCCUCCACUGCGCUCCCCUCAUCACCCGCCUGGCCACCUACUUCCAGAUUUCUCUGCAGGGGUGCACGGAGCAGGGGGGCACUAGUGCUUUCGGCGAGGACGCGGUCAAGAGUAUGCACCUGCUGCGAGUGGAUCGGGGCGUCAAGUGGAUCGAGGGAUUUCCUCAACCUCAGAUCCCAGCGGAGGACCAGCUAGAUGCUCCUGAGGACGAGGCUGAUGAGGAUGUCCACCCCGAGGAUGUGGAUGAUACUGCUGCCGCCCGCCCGACCACCUUCGAGUACGGGGGUAGCAGUUCCACCUUUCCAUCACAAGACUACUUUGCCCACCAGUUCCAGCAGCUGAGCAUCCAGAAUCAGCAAAUCAUCGACCAUUAGCUCCAGUUCCAGCAGCAGUACUCGGCUCACCAGGCCGAGUAUCAGAACCGGAUGGCUGCAUAUAAUGAGCGCCUGGACCGCAUGGAGACCUAGCAGGGGGUGACUCUAGCUCACAUCGAGCGGGAGAAGGCCCGCUCUCUGCGUAUGCAGGAGGUCCAGCAGCACCUGCUCCAGCUGAUACCGGGCGAGCAGCCAGUCUGGAGGACUCCUUGGGAGGACACUCCCAUACCACCCCGGCCGCCGACGAUGACGCCUUCAUGAACGACAUCGACUUCGACAACCUUGGCGACAAGUAGGUUGUACUCGUCGUCCCUCAGAGUGUGUUUUUGUUUUAGACUUUUUAUGUUUGCUUCAUGUGUUUGAGGAGCUUGAACUGCGUCUGUCGUUUGUUUUUGUACUUUUGGUUUUCUUUUGUGGAUUGUCUUUGGUGUGACCAUCUGGGCCACCCUGAUCCCUAACGCACAGUGUGCUAGUGUGUUCUUGUUAUUCCCUUCGUGCAGAACGGUCUGUUCGUUCCAUUUGUUCCUCGCUGACUGGUCCACUUCCAGUCUCCUGGCAGUAUUUCAAUCCGGUAACAUCGUUCCCCUUAUCUUUCCCUCUGCUCCAUUAAGGGCAAUGUCGUGCUUAAGUGUGGUGGGGUGUUUAUCUAUUGUUGACUGCUAGAUGAGUUUGUGUGCUUGGAGCCUAGUCCACUGUCCAAUUUGACGAAUUGAGGGCUCCAAGUACUGUUCCCUGCAAAAUCCUGCUCAGUAUGCUUUGAAUUGACAGUCUUUAUGGUGAUAUGCAACCUAGGGAGGUAGUUGUAGCACUAUGGAGGAUGUUGAAGUAUAAGAUUUUUCCUAUCUGUCUCUCUGCUGUGCCGGUUGAUUAAUGUGGUAUUGAUGACUCUUCUUAUGUUGUGUUGUGGACCCUCCACACGAGUUGAGGAAAAGGAGUUAAAAGAAGUACUCUGGCGAGCGCCAGAUGUACAAAAAUUGCUCUUGCUCGACUAAUAAGAGUUGACCGUGCAA